AUGCAGCCAGGCAUGCAGCAGCUGCAGCAGGAGCAGCUGCAACAACAGCAGCUGCAGCAGCAGCAGAUGCAGCAGGAGCAGCUACAGCAACAGCAGCUGCAGCAGCAGCUGCUGCAGCAGCAGCAGCUGCAACACAUGCAGCAGCAGCAGCUGCAUCCACAGGACCUGCAGCAGCAGCAGCUUCAUAUGCUGCCCCUCAACCCCGAUGCUGCUCAGUCUGCUGCGAUGACUCAGCUGCAGCGCAUGCAGACGCCUCACCAGCAGCAGCUGCAGCAGCAGCAGCUGCAGCAGCAGCAACUGCAGCAGCAGCAGCAGCGGCAGCAGCACCUGCAGCAACAGCCUCAACUCCAGCAUCUGCAGCAGCAGGCUUUACAUCCGCAGCAGCUGCAACCGCAGUCGCUGCAGCAGCAGCAGCUGCAACAGGCGCACAUGCAGCAGCAGCACUUGCAGCAGCAGCAGCUGCAGCAGCAUCUACAGCAGCAGCAUCUGCAGCAGCAUCUGCAGCAGCAGCAGCAAGUUCGAAGCAUUCAAAGGAAUGUAGAGCCCAAGCAUGUGCUGCUGCUGCUGCAGCGGAUGGCUGAGGCGGACCCGGUCCGCUUUAGGGAUGUGUAUCUGCCCGCUCUCUCGCUGCAGUGUUUCAGGGGUGUGGAGCUGCCGCCAGCAGGGGGCCGCUCGCUUGCUGCGCUGCUGCAGCAGCUAGAAGAGAGGGGGGUGAUUAGGGUGCAGGACCUGCUGAAGAACGCGUACGAGCUAGCCAAGCAGCAGCAGCAGCAGCAGCAGCAGCAGCAGCAGCAGCAGCAGCAGCAGCAACAGCAGCAGCAGCAGCCAGCAGCAGCAGCAGCAGCAGCAGCAGCAGCAGCAGCAGCAACAGCAGCAGCAGCAGCAGCAACAGCAAAACGUAAAAACGCAACAGCAACAACAUAG